AUGUGUCUCUUGGAAUUAGUGACAUGGAAGUCAGAUAUAAUCAUAGGAAGAGUUAUUGAAGUGACAGAUAUAGAAGCCAAAAUGAAGUGGGCUGUCUUGCUCUCCUUUUAUGCCCUUCACCACAACUCAAAGAUAUGGCCAAACACAGAGGUGUUUGACCCUUCCCGGUUUGCACUGGGUUCCUCUCAACACAGGCAUGCUUUCCUGUCCUUCUCAGGAGGAUCAAGGAACUGUAUCGGGAAUACGUUUGCCAUGAACGAGAUGAAGGUGGCAGUGGCCCUGACCCUGCUCCGCUUUGAGCUGGCACCACAUCCUUUUAAGGUCCCUGUUUCCACUCCAAGAAUUGUGUUGAUGUCCAAGAAUGGGAUCCACCUGCAUCUCAGGAAGCUCCUCUAA